CACGCCAGCCCUCCACUACUUCACAAUGCUGAGGAUAAAAUCCAAGUCUGCAAUGCUAGUGUUCUUUGGGGCGUUUAUCAUGUUGGUUCUGGACCAUGUUUUACUGAAUGGCCUGCCGUGGAGAACACACACUACAGCGAGAAUAGCUAACCCUGGAGCUCUCUUCCAUCACCUUCCUAAUACAGAAUCAGUGCACAUGAAUUUGAAGGAAACACAGAAAGUUCAGUGGAAUGCAAAAUCAUUGAGUAUUAAUUCGGAUAAAGCAAAAAUAGUUCAGUGGGAUAGAGAUCGCUGGGUCAAUGUACAAAAGGUUUGUAAUGGGAAUUACUCUUUUGAGAAAGCUACCCUGCGGACUUCGUUUGUAAGGACGCCGAUUUUCAUCCACGAUAUUAAAGAUGACAUGCACGUUUCGGGACACCUAAAGCGAUAUGGAAUGUGGGAUACCAAAAAUGUGAACGCGGUUGUGGAACAGCUGAAAAGAGACCCUGACCUGGGUUUGUUGGAUUUAGGGGCCCAGUUGGGUACACAUACACUUGUAGCAUCCCUGCUUGGACGCAACGUUGUAGCCGUGGAUCCACUGCAGUCUAAUGUACUGCGGUUGUGUAAAUCUCUAGAAGCUGGUAAGUUUACAAACAAUGUGACAGUUGUCUUCAAUGCAAUCUCAGACGAUUACAGAAAGAUAUCUUUUGUCUUGGACAAAGGUAACCUCGGAGGUACACGUAUAACAUCCAGUGGAACCAAGUUGAAUGAUUCGAAAUCUGACAGUGCUGAUUCUUUGUAUACAGUUCUUCUGGACGAUCUCCUGCCGCUUGUAACAUUCAAAAAGGCCGUUAUGAAGUUGGACGUGGAGACACACGAAUUGCAGGUCAUCAAGGGAGGGACGCAGUUUUUCAAACAAAUAGACGUUACAAGCAUUUUGAUGGAAUGGAUGUUUCACAAAAAUGACGAAGGACAACAACUAAAAGUACUUGUGAUGAAUUUAGGAUUUAAGCCGUUUGAUCCACAAACACACAAAAUGUGUAACGACAAUCAUAAAACGUGGCCAGACGAUGUUAUGUGGUUGAAACAGUGAACGUGUACGUUAAACGUGUAUGUACAGUGUAUAAUACAUUGUAGGGGGGGGGGGGGGGGGGGG